UGCAAAAUUCAAGAUUUUGUCUAUUUUUAUCCUACUAUGCUGUUCUUUCUAGGUUGUAAAUAUCUAAUCUGAAUGAAUAUGUGGGCUCACGUGGCACAUAUGCAAAUUAUAUACUUCCUCCCUUAUUUUUUAUAUAUGACGUCAUUAACUUUUCACCUGACAUUUGACUAUUCGUCUUAUUCAAUAACUUCUUAUAAAUGUUAUUUAUUUUGUCGUGACUUGUUUUCUCAUCCAAGAAACUUUAUCCUUAGAUUAUAUUUUUACAUAUUUACACUAAAUUUUUGAAUAAGAAGAAUCCACAAACGUUUUGAUAAAAGUUAACGGCGUCAUAUAUAUAUAUAUAUAUAAAAGGGAGGUAGUAAGAUGCAAGUUAUAUAUGUUUACUGAAAUAGUGACUCACGUGUCACAUAUGCAAAUUGCAAAUAUCGUAUCCAUACAUACCAUAGUGGAACUCUGAUCUGGAACCUCUGUAUUGUGGAUGCUGCGUGGAUGUUGUUCAAUGUAUUUCACUAUUCUCCUUUUUACAUUUGGAUUUACAGAUUACUGUGUGUUACAAGUUAGUCUUGAAAAUGGCAUGGUUCAGACAUUCGAUAAGCGGAUAACUUCAUCGCAUCAAAAUGGAACGGUGCCCAUGUUUACUCUGCAUGCCCAUGAAAUGGCCGUUUUAUCCAUUUCAUUUUGUCCAUCUGUCCCCAAUUUUCUGGCAACUGCUUCAGCCGAUAAAACGGUGAAGCUCUGGGAUAUAUCAAGCAACCAGCCGUCUGUCAUUGCUUCGCUGAAUCCGAAAGUUGGUGCUAUUUUCUCAAUAUCAUUUUCAAAAGACAAUCCCUUCUUGUUGGCUGUGGGAGGGCAGAAGGGCAACUUGAAAGUCUGGAAUACAUUAACCGAACCAUUGGUGGCCAAUAAGAUUGGCAAGCAUGGAAGUUCAUAAAUUCGUUUACUUCUGUGAACAAUGCUAUAUAGUAUACCCAUACCAUAGCUAAUCAACAAGUUAGACAAGACUAAAACAUUUUAUGUAACAGAGCGGUUCAAAACACUAGCUAAUGACGGCCCCUCGAUAGAAUUUUGAUUCAUGAGCCUUCAAUUCCUUGAACCGAUGUCAGAAAACUGGGCCUUGUGAUGUGCAGAUGGCCUACAUUUAAACUGAAUUUAUUCUUGUACUACGUCUUAUCAGCUAGGGGGACAUCUUUGUUCUGAAACAUGAGAGAAAAUAUAUAUGGAUAGCAUGCUAACAUAUACAAGAGUCUGAGUGACCACAAGCGUCAACAUCUUAAUUAAUUUAGUUGUAGUUCACUAGCUUCAAGAUUCUAUUUUUCUAACCUCUAGUCUGUUCUUUUUCUGGACUUUGCAUGGUCCUAUCUUAAAAUUAUUAAGCACUGAGGCAAGAGCUUUCCUGCGCGUCCUGUAAGCUCUGUAACUGAAACGAAAGGGACAAUUGCAUCAUGUAAGUCAUUUUACCGGUGUUAACUCCGAGAUAAAAGGGCAUGCAUAUCCUUACAUAUUUGCCCCGACGUUUUGCAUGUUUUCUCACCUUCUCUUUUUAGAUAAAUCGAAAGUUUAGACAUUGAAAUGGGAAAUCAAAAGCCUCCACAUUGAAAUGGGAAAGUUCAUCUUUCCCUGGGCACAAGUUAGCAGCAACACUAGAGGAAAAGAUAAAGGAGAUGACGCUCCUGUCCGCGGAAACAUUUUACAAUGAAGUUGUCGAAUGGUGGGGAUGAAUCAAACGGAACAACCAAAACAAAAUAAAUCAAGCCGAAGAGAAUAUACAGAGCACCCUACAAGAUGCAGGUCUUUCUGGCAACCUGCUCGCACUACUAAAAAAACAAUCUUCUAUAACACCUAUGUUUUAUUUUUUAAGGCGAAUCUAAAAUUUUCUGCUUGCGAAAAUAUCGAGAGGUCCCAAAAUUCUAGCCCAAUAGUAUUAUUUUUUACAAGCGAAUCUUAGAAGAGAACCACAUACAAAAAUACGCUGAUUUUCAGCAGCGGACCUCUUAACAUGCUGCCUGCAAAAAUCAAUUUUCGCAUAUAGUAUGUUAGGAGCACCACCUGGCAAAAAGAAAAAGAAAUCAUUAAAAACCGGCCCUCCCAGCCACACACAGCUCCCUUUAUAUCUUCACAACCCUCACCUCGUCCGCACUUUUCCUCACUUCAUCCACACGCUUGGCCUAGACAUCCUCCUCCGCUCCACUCCCUUCUGCUGUAGCCACCGUGUGUCGUCGACCACGCACACCCACAUCUGGCGGGCCUUGGGAUGGUAGCGGCCUGUGGCCUCCUAUGAUGACAACCGUGACCAGCUGCGAUGACGACAAGAUGGCAACCGCCACGACGAUGACGCUGCCGGUCGGGGGUGUGGUCCUCGAGAGCGCAGCAUCGAAAUUCAGCUGCUCCUCCACUCCCCUCCCCUAGUACCCUCCCUCUCCUAGAUCUGGCCCAAGGGGAGGGGGGUUGGUGGCCAGCAAAGACAAAGGAAGGGGGAGGGGAUGACGAUGCGGUGGAGGAAGGGGAGGCACAGUAUGGUGGAGGAUCGGGAGAGGAGCACGGCUCGGCAGUGGCUUGAUUCGAUGGUGGGGCUCAGCAGUAGGGGGACGAUGACGGCUGCGAGGACGGUGGCUCGGCGACACGAGAGAGGCAGCGGUGAUACGUAUGGGAGCUCUAAAUCCAUCGGGCGGCGGUGGUGCUCAGUCGGUGCUCGGUCUUCGUCUCUCGGUGAAGGCAACGAUGACUGGGAGCGGCUCGGGCUACUUCUCUCGAUCGGUCCCUUGUUUGUCCAUAAGGAUAUUUUGGGUAUUUUUAAAAAGAAGGCCUAGCCUAAUGGUGUAUUGUAGAACAAUUGAUAAAGUCAUCGGUAUAUAUAUCAUAGAAAUCGACAAUGUUGAUGGCAAAUUGUUAAGCUCGAAUAAACUAAGUGGUAUAGAAUAAAUUCUUAACGAAAUAUUCGAUGUAAGCCACUACAAGAACCAGGCAGCUGCUGUUGUAAAAAAACAAAUAAAACUUCCUUUUUUUCAGUAACAAAUACCAAAUAACGUUUGUCCAUAUAUUAAAAUAUUGUGUAGACAAAAUGUCAUGGCUGGCAUCUGGCUGCCCUAUAGCAAAAUCUUUGUCAUGCGUUCGCGAUCCAACGAUCCCACGGGUGUGAAAGGGCCACCAUGGCGGGACACGUGUACGGCCAGAUCAACCGCAGCACGAGAUCGGACGGUGGGGUAGCGGAUACCGGAGCAUAAUUAACUGGAAACUCGGAGAUCUUUUUUGCAAAAACAUCGCUGGUGUG